CUUCACACCCCCGCCAUCCUGUCCUACCCGGGCCGACCCCACCACAAAUUCCCUCCAUCCGACGACGCCCCCCUCAUCCACUGAGGGUGUUUUCCUGGACCAGCCCCUCGCAGCCCGGGGCUCCAAACCAGAAGACCUCACGUCUAACAGGGGGGGUCCAUCACUAUCUCAGACGCACACUCUGACCACUCCUUUUGUCCCUACCGACGCCCACCCCAACGACCACUUGGGCGCCGGGGGUGUCUCUCUCCAACCCUCCUCACCACUGGGGCGUCCUCGCCCGGAGCACGUGUCUACUUUGGAGAGUCGCCCUCCCAGACGGGGCUAUCGCCGCCGUGCCUGCACGCCCAGGCGGCCACUUCCUCCCUCGGCUGGGGAUGCCCGCCCCGCAAGUUCAUUUCCUCACCCCUAAGAGGUCACAACUCCAUGCCCAUAAAGGCAAAGUCGUCAGCGACCCUCGGGUUCUCUAUCCCGUGUGGCACCCUACUUCAAGAGCUGGCUGAUGAUGGCCCUUAAGCGCCCUGGAAUGCAGACGCAUGCCAAUCUGCAUUCUCUGCAUUGAGUUCGCGCCCAGCCUGGUAUACAUGUGCAACGCUCACCCCUGUUUCCCGCGUGUGCGGUGCAUCAAUACCAGCCCUGGCUUUCACUGCGAAGCCUGUCCCUCUGGGUUCAGUGGACCCACCCACGAGGGCGUGGGACUGACCUUCGCUAAGACCAACAAACAAGUUUGCACGGAUAUUAAUGAGUGUGAGACCGGCCAGCACAAUUGUGUUCCCAACUCCGUGUGCGUCAACACCCGGGGCUCCUUCCAGUGCGGCCCCUGCCAGCCCGGUUUCGUGGGCGACCAGACGUCAGGCUGCCAGCGGCGUGGGCAGCACUUCUGCCCCGAUGGGUCACCCAGCCCGUGCCAUGAGAAAGCAAACUGCGUCCUGGAGCGGGACGGCUCGAGGUCUUGCGUGUGUGCAGUCGGCUGGGCCGGCAACGGGCUCCUGUGCGGUCGCGACACGGACCUGGACGGUUUUCCUGACGAGAAGCUUCGCUGCUCAGAGCGCCAGUGUCGCAAGGACAACUGCGUGACGGUGCCCAAUUCGGGGCAGGAGGAUGUGGACCGGGAUGGCAUUGGAGAUGCUUGUGACCCGGAUGCAGACGGGGAUGGAGUCCCUAACGAGCAAGACAAUUGCCCGCUGGUUCGAAACCCAGACCAGCGCAACUCGGACAGCGAUAAGUGGGGAGAUGCCUGUGACAACUGCCGGUCCAAGAAAAACGAUGAUCAGAAAGAUACAGACCGGGAUGGCCGGGGCGAUGCCUGCGACGACGACAUAGAUGGCGACCGAAUACGAAAUGUAGCUGACAACUGUCCCCGGGUGCCCAACUUUGACCAGAGUGACAGUGAUGGUGAUGGUGUUGGGGAUGCCUGUGACAACUGUCCCCAGAAAGAUAACCCAGACCAGAGGGAUGUGGACCACGACUUUGUGGGCGAUGCCUGUGAUAGUGACCAAGACCAGGAUGGGGAUGGUCACCAGGACUCCCGGGACAACUGCCCCACAGUACCCAACAGUGCCCAGCAGGACUCAGAUCAUGAUGGCAAGGGCGAUGCCUGUGAUGAUGAUGAUGACAAUGACGGAGUUCCUGACAGCCGGGACAACUGCCGCUUGGUGCCUAACCCUGGCCAAGAGGACAAUGACCGGGAUGGCGUGGGUGAUGCGUGUCAGGGUGACUUCGAUGCUGACAAAGUUAUAGACAAGAUCGAUGUGUGCCCGGAGAACGCCGAGGUCACCCUCACCGACUUCAGGGCCUUCCAGACGGUUGUGUUGGACCCCGAGGGUGAUGCGCAGAUCGAUCCCAACUGGGUGGUACUCAAUCAGGGAAUGGAGAUCGUUCAGACCAUGAACAGUGACCCUGGCCUGGCUGUGGGAUACACAGCCUUCAACGGCGUGGACUUCGAGGGCACAUUUCAUGUAAACACCGCCACUGAUGAUGACUAUGCUGGCUUCAUCUUCGGCUACCAAGACAGCUCGAGUUUCUACGUAGUCAUGUGGAAACAGAUGGAGCAGACGUACUGGCAGGCCAAUCCCUUCCGGGCCGUGGCUGAGCCAGGGAUUCAGCUCAAGGCUGUCAAGUCCUCUACAGGUCCCGGGGAACAGCUCCGAAACGCACUGUGGCACACGGGGGACACAGCAUCCCAGGUGCGGCUACUGUGGAAGGAUCCUCGAAACGUGGGCUGGAAGGAUAAAACAUCCUACCGCUGGUUCCUGCAGCACCGGCCUCAAGUUGGCUACAUCAGGGUGCGGUUCUAUGAGGGUCCUGAGCUAGUAGCUGACAGCAACGUGGUGUUGGACACAGCCAUGCGUGGUGGCCGCCUGGGUGUCUUCUGCUUCUCCCAAGAGAACAUCAUCUGGGCUAACCUGCGCUACCGUUGCAAUGAUACAAUCCCUGAGGACUACGAGAGUCACCGGCUGCAGAGGGUCUAGGGACCAGUGGGGUCCCGCUGCCUGAUGGACUGUGGUGGCAUAAGCUACGGGUGUCUGGGGGGUCUGGCAUCCCUCUGAAGGGGUGUCUGGCCUGGGGAGGAGAGGCAAAUAAAGUGUGUAUG